GUUAGGAAGAAUGACUCUGGAGUCCAUCAUGGCGUGCUGCCUGAGCGAGGAAGCCAAGGAAGCCCGGCGGAUCAACGACGAGAUCGAGCGGCAGCUGCGCCGGGACAAGCGGGACGCGCGCCGGGAGCUGAAGCUGCUGCUGCUGGGCACAGGAGAGAGUGGCAAAAGCACAUUUAUCAAGCAGAUGAGAAUCAUUCAUGGAUCAGGUUACUCUGAUGAAGACAAAAGGGGCUUUACAAAACUGGUGUACCAGAAUAUAUUUACAGCAAUGCAGGCCAUGAUCAGAGCCAUGGAUACCCUCAAAAUUCCAUACAAGUACGAACAUAACAAGGCUCAUGCACAGUUAGUUCGAGAAGUCGACGUAGAGAAGGUGUCAACUUUUGAGAACCCAUAUGUAGAUGCAAUAAGAAGCUUAUGGAAUGACCCUGGAAUUCAGGAGUGUUAUGAUAGACGACGGGAGUAUCAAUUAUCAGAUUCAACUAAAUACUAUCUUAACGACUUGGACCGCAUAGCAGAUUCCACCUAUCUGCCAACUCAGCAAGAUGUGCUCAGAGUUCGAGUCCCAACAACAGGGAUCAUUGAAUAUCCAUUCGACUUACAAAGCGUCAUUUUCAGAAUGGUGGAUGUAGGAGGCCAACGAUCAGAAAGAAGAAAAUGGAUACAUUGCUUUGAAAAUGUCACAUCUAUCAUGUUUCUAGUAGCUCUUAGUGAAUAUGAUCAAGUGCUUGUGGAGUCAGACAAUGAGAAUCGAAUGGAAGAAAGCAAAGCACUCUUUAGGACAAUUAUCACAUAUCCUUGGUUCCAGAACUCUUCAGUCAUUCUGUUCUUAAAUAAAAAAGAUCUCUUAGAGGAAAAAAUUAUGUACUCCCAUCUAGUUGAUUAUUUUCCGGAGUAUGAUGGACCUCAGCGGGAUGCACAAGCGGCACGAGAGUUCAUCCUGAAGAUGUUCGUAGACCUGAAUCCAGACAGUGACAAAAUUAUCUACUCCCACUUCACAUGCGCUACAGACACAGAGAAUAUCCGCUUCGUCUUUGCUGCUGUCAAGGACACGAUCCUACAGUUAAACCUGAAGGAGUACAACCUGGUCUAACUGUGCCUAGGAGGCCUCCAAAACCAACUUUGCGUGAUUAAAGAUAUACAAGAGGGACUGUAUUAUCUGUGAAAACAAUUUGCAUAAUACUAAUUUAUUGCCGGCCUGGACUCUGUGAAUGUCCACAGAGUUUGUAGUUAAUAUUAUGAUUUUAUUUAAACUAUAUGGAGGAAAAUCAAAAGAUGCUGAAGUACAUUCACAGCACAUUUCCUCAUUUUUUAGGCAAAACCUUGUGACUCAACGUGUUUUAAAUUCUCAGUCGUACAUUUACAAAAGAUAGCAGUUUUUUGCUAUUGAAGCAAAAUCAAGCUGGUUUCCUCUUUCCCCAACCCGUUCUCUCUCCUUCCCCUCCCCCGUUAUCUUCUUUUACAAGGUACAAUGGCCUUUUUUCCCCAGUUGCAUUCCUGGGUGAAGUAUUUGUUGUUGAGUGAUUUGGUCAAGAAAAUACUAUCACCAGAAUUUAAGUCAUCAGUCAUUCUAAUUAUACAGUAUGUACUUUCUCUGAAGGAUCAAAAGUAUUGAUACUGUGAUUUUUAAAUUCUUGACACGGGUGUCUUCAUUCUGUCUUCACUUUUGGGACUAGAACAUUGGGAUUGCAAAAUAGAAUUACAGUUGUCUACGGAUAUUAAAUUUAACCAUAUUUUCACAGUUCAGAAAGGUGCACAGAAGACAGUAAUGAAAUAAUUUAAGACACGGCCUGGGAUGUACAUGGAAUGUGUUAGAAUCUCUUUUUAAUUGCCAUGUGCCAUUUUUUUCUCUCUUCUUUUAUUCACAAAUGCCAAAUAGAAAUGUCAUAGACACUACAUUUUCCCCAGUGGCUACAGCCUGAAACAGUGGGGUUUUUUUCAGUUGUGUGGGGUUUUUUUCUUAAGUUAGAGCUUUUUUAAGUGUUCUUUUUCCACAGUAGAAAAAAUAUUUUUAUUGUAUAAAAUUAACGUUGCCAAAUCUGGCUUUUUAUAAAACCAAUGCUCUUGAAACAUAAGAUACUGAUUGAAAUGCCAAACUGAUGGGUUGGGAACUGACCUGAUUGAGUCAACUGCCAAAUGAUAAACAAACAGUUUCAGCUCAUAUGUUCCCUUUUUUAGAAAGUGUUCCAUUUUCUAAUGCCAAAACCAACAGUGUGAGUGAAUAUGCUACACGGUGCACCAUGCACACACAUGUGGUCUACUAAUUUAAAGACAGUUUAAAUCUCUCCUCAUGUCAGAUAUGGCAUGAGAUUGUUUUCUGUAAUAAUAUCAAGGCGCCUUUAGUUGUAUAACAAACUAUUGAUGAGAGAUCACAUUCAGGAGCCUUUCUUGAUAAGGUUGCUUGUUAACUAACUGAUUCACAGACAUUUGAUAGGCUUUCAUGCAAAAUAGCCUCUCUCAGUGUUCUUUAGAAAAGAUUUAUUAAUGUAAAUGAAACAGAAAAUAAUUCUUGAAAUUUAAAUGUGCAAUUUUUUAACAACAAAAAUGCAGCACACAUUGAGGAGCCUUUAUUCUGCAGCUUAGGUUGAAAGGUGUUUUUUGACCAGGUGCAUGAUUGCUAGCAAGCUACAGAAAACUUGGGAGUUCAGACAUGUAAUUGGAUUGAUUAUCUGCAAUGCCAAGUAGCACUAGAGUGCACUUAACACAGAAAUUGAUGCCUCAUAGCAGUGGAUGGGAGGUGGAAAAAAAAAUGGCUUAUUAGUUGAUUACCAAAGUUAACCAUAAAUACUAACGAGAUGUUUUUCAUCCAUAACACUCCCAACUCCAAAACAACAAUAAUAAGAACAGUUGCUAUUUUUUGCUCCCUCUUAAAACACCUUGUAAUUUAAAACUGGUUGUAGGUAUAGUGCAAUUAUGAAUGCUAUAAUCAUUGUACAUACAUCUAUAUAUAUAUAUGGCAGCAUCCAUAUUGGCUUUGUAAUCAUUAAUUUUUGGCAAAUUGAAUGUGCUGUAUUGAUAUGUAUCUAUGUAAUUGUAUUGUAUGUCUUAUAGCUAAUUCACAUUUUAAAUAAUGUUAUUUUAUUUACUUUUUUAAGAGAGAAGAAUGUAAAUUUUGUCAGUUUAUUUCUGACUAGGGAUUUGUUGUUGUUUUUUAUUUACAAAACAAAAAAAUUACUAUAGUACAGAGCGGUACUAGCAUCGUGCUGUAUAAAAUCAUUUGCACAUUCCUGAGUAGAAGUAAAUUGGAGACACCCAGACAGAGGCCAUUCACAUUCAAAAUGAUGCUUAAAUCUUGUCAGGGUUUUAUACCGGUGUAGAAACCAAUCUUACUAGAAUUUACACCAUUAUAUCUAGGAUUGGAAUAAUAUAAAUUUAAUUUAUAUUUGGCAGAUUCACAUUAGGUUACUUUCACUUUUCUAAUAAGUUUUAUUAGAAAAGUAAACUUAGAGUACGUAAGUACUAAUGGGUAUAUGCUGUUGCCCUAAAAAUACCAUGAAAAACUACGGAACAUCAGAUCAAUCAAACAGUCUUUCAGAAACUGCAGAAACCUUAGAUGUAACAACAACAACCAAAAAGUCACUAUUGUUAACAAUUUUAAGCAGGUAAAGCAUUUUAUUUAAUAAAGCUAAAGCAGGUAGAUGUAGGUUACAAAAAGUGACACUGACGUUCUGAAUAGGGGAUCAGAGCAGUGACUCUUACAUACAGCAUUACAAAAUUGGUCCUGAUCUUGCUAUAAAUGCAACAAAGCUGCUGUUUUCACAGUUCCACUGUUGAUAAUAUCCCUUCUUUUAACCUGGGAAUAUAUUGCCCACACUGGAUUCAGUGCUAUAAAUGGAACUGUAGCCAAAAAAAGAGAAGAAAAAAAAGACAGUGGUGUCUAACAAAGGUUUGGGUUGGUUUGGGUUUUUUUAAUUUGUUGUUUUAUUAUGGGAUAUUGGGUGGGGGAAAAGGAAAUGUGGUUCUGAGUUUUGUAUAAAAACAAAUCAGAAGUUUACUCAUGUUUUAUAGUUAUAUUGUGAUUGCAAAAGUUUUCAAGAGUGUAUGCCACUGGGCUGCUUCUGGUAUAUUUUAGGUAAGUUGAACCUGUGGCAAUGUUUAGAUCAUUUGAGCAUGUUCUGGAAAAAAAAAAAAAAAAAGAAAAUUUGGCAUGCCAAGGCAAGCUUUACAUGAAUCACCUAACACAGCAUUGCAGUGUGACAGUUUACAAAAACAUUUCCUUUUUAAAUGACACAGCUGUUCCCACUUGCAGUAUAUUACGUUGUGGUGAUGGUGGUGUUGUUGCUGUUGUUUUAAUUGGUGGUUUCUACUAUGCCUUAUAGUGCUUGAGUCCAGAAGUUUGUGCCUCUAACAUGAAGCUGAAGGCAAAAAACAUCAAGACAGAUACCCUUUUAACUUUGCCAAAAUUAUGUGAUUUCUUUGAAUGUCAUAAAUGGGGGAGGAGGGAAGGAAAACGUCUUGGGAACCUGUGUAUUUUAGAUGUUCACUAGCACAAGAAAGCUGUAAUACGUGUUUUACAGAAACCUGAAACUUGCCUUUUUCACAAAUCAACUGGCACUGUCCUUACAUAUAUAGGAUGAUGCAGCUAUAAGGGCAGUUUACUUUUUAUAAUUCAGACUCUUUUGAUUGUCAAGGUGUAUGGACUGUAAUUUUUAAUCAUACUGCCACAUGAUUGUGAAUCACUUCUUUAAGUUUGAAAGUGGAGAAGAGACUUUUUAUGCUGGAUAUCAGUCAGAAUUGACUGCAUGAUUUGCAAAAACUCUAAAUGGGGAGAAAAGGGCUGCAUAUAAAGACACUGCUAGACUCCCAGCCUUUUGUUUUAAGGUGCAGAAGACUUUGUGAUAACUCAACCUCAUGACCCUUUCCUUGUUACACAUUCUUCACAAAAGAAUGAAAUACUAGGGAGAAAACAAAGACAUGUUAACCCACAUGAAAAAAUAAAAUUUACCCAAUUACUUUAUUAUAUGUGCUGCUAUUCUUGGAGCUCUGUGCAUGGUUAUCCUGCAGGCUAUUACAUUAGUGAACUAAUGCUAAUAUGUUAAUAUGCAUAGCAUAUUAACAAGGCCUACAAAUGACCUACCUCUAGCUAAGAGACCAGUAAAGUAAAUAUGUUUUGGAGACACCAUCCUAAGUUAGGAAAUUAAAAUGUCCUAGUGUAGGUAAUUAACUACAGUAUUUUAGAAAUUCACUUUGUAAAUACGGUCCCUCUUCUGACAUAAACCAUAAAUUCUAAAAUUUAGUAUGCAUUAAACAACUAAAGCCACCUGUCCCUGUCCAGUUUGUUAGUUUAGUGUAGAUCUUGCAAAACCAUACGUUUAGUUUGAGAAGAGGAGCUACUGAUAUUUCCUCUUUUUUGGCUUUUGGUUACCCAUAACAUUUUGAGUUUUAUCAAUCAAACCAGAAACAUUUCUACAUAGUCAACAAUACAUUGAGGGUCACUGUUUAGCUAGUUAAGGGGAUUUAACUCAAGCUUUUUCACAGUAGCCAUGCUGCAGGAAAGAAAGGAGUAGAAGGAGAUUUUGAAGAUAGUGUGAAAAAUACAAAGUCAGCCAGAUCAGUCUUACUGUAAAUCUGUUGGUUUGGGGGUCUUUGCUCUCAAAAUACAGUCUAAGCUGAAGUCUGUUGCUGGAUUCCUCAUUUACCAUGCUGCAGGAAAUCCUUAUUUGACCAAUUUUCUUCUUUUUUUUUUUCCCCCAAGGGGAGGGAGGGGUCAGAUGCAUUUUUAAAUUUGCAGUAUUUAAAAAUAAAGUUCAUAUUUGCUGUUCUUAAAGUGUCAUUUAAAUGCAUGUCUUGUGUGUUGUUUGAGGGACAGAAAUAGGUUUUUUGGAAAAAAAAUAACAUUGUACAGUUACUGCCCCUCAAAAAUGUUGCUGGUUAAAAAUACAAUAUUUUUGGCCAUAAUUUCGUACUAUAGUAUCUUCAUUCCUUGAAAUUUAGCUUUUCUGAAAUAUUAUUUGGGCUUAUUGUUCUCCCAGAAUGCUUCUUACUAUGAUAAAUGUUGGAUAGAUUAGUAUUCCAUUAUUAAUUUUUAAUUAUACGUGCUCUGUCCUCAUUGUCUAAAUAUUAAAAUUUCCAGAAUAUCUUUAUUACAGCCAGAAUGUUCAAAACAUUUAAGGUUUGUUACAGUGGAGACAGUCAUUUGACAGUAUUACUAAAGGGUUUUUUUUUUUCGCUUGUGUACAAUGGAAACUCAGAAGUAUGGGGGGAAAGAAAUAAUAGUCUAUGUCUCACUAACAGAAAGCUUGCAGAAUUUGUAGACGGCGAGGUGAAUUUCUUAAGCAUUUUGGCUGAUUGCAGUAGUACUGCAAGAGCAGACUGUUUG